AUGGCCCGAGCAAGCGCAGAGAAAACCGUCCAGUGCGAGCGCCGAACUGACCCGGAGAAAGUUGGACUUUGGACACGCACGGACGCACGGACGCACGCAGAAAGCAGGAAGUUCCCGCUGCUGCUGAAGUGCCGGCGCACGUUUCUGCGGGCUCUUAUGGGAAUUAGGCACUCGUCCCGGUGCAUGCUCCUCAGGAGAAAAAUGGCGGAGUCUGAGAGCAGUGAGUCGGUGCAGCCCACCUCGCUGCCCAAGCCUGUGCCUUCCGUCCAGCACGCCGCUCGGCCCCUCCGCCCACCACACACGCCCCACGCCGCCAGCCUCCCCAGCUGCCCGGGCCGGGGCAAGAUGGCCAAGUUUCUCAACCCAGAGGAGAUGACCUCCAGAGACUACUACUUUGACUCCUAUGCCCACUUUGGGAUCCAUGAGGAGAUGCUGAAGGAUGAGGUGAGGACGCUAACCUACAGAAACUCCAUGUACCACAACAAGCACGUCUUCAAGGAUAAGAUAGUGCUGGAUGUCGGGAGUGGGACCGGCAUCCUCUCCAUGUUUGCAGCCAAAGCGGGAGCGAAGCACGUGUACGGGAUUGAAUGUUCCAGUAUAUCAGAGUACUCAGAGAGGAUCAUCAAGUCCAAUCACCUGGACAGUGUCAUCACCAUUUUCAAUGGGAAGGUGGAGGAGGUGGAGCUUCCAGUUGAACAGGUUGACAUCAUCAUAUCUGAGUGGAUGGGCUACUGCCUCUUCUACGAGUCCAUGCUCAACACGGUCAUCUUUGCCAGGGACAAGUGGCUGAAACCUGGUGGGCUGAUGUUUCCAGACCGAGCGUCUCUUUAUGUGGUGGCUAUAGAGGACAGGCAGUACAAAGACUUCAAAAUACAUUGGUGGGAGAACGUGUACGGCUUUGACAUGACCUGCAUCCGCAACGUGGCCAUGAGAGAACCCUUGGUGGACAUCGUGGACCCCAAACAGGUGGUGACUAAUUCCUGCCUGGUAAAGGAGGUAGACAUCUACACUGUAAAGCCAGAGGAUAUGUCAUUCACCUCAUCAUUCUGCCUGCAAAUCCAGAGGAACGACUACAUCCAUGCAGUGGUCACUUAUUUCAACAUAGAGUUCACCAAAUGCCACAAGAAGACGGGCUUCUCUACAGCUCCCGAUGCUCCGUACACUCACUGGAAGCAGACUGUGUUUUACCUGGAGGACUAUUUAACCGUGCGCAGAGGAGAGGAGAUAGCCGGGAGCAUCGCGAUGAAGCCUAAUGAGAAAAACAUUAGGGACUUGGACUUUACUUUUGAGCUGGAUUUCAAAGGGCAGCUGUGCGAAGCCGCCAUAUCGCACGACUACAAGAUGCGUUAA